UCGAUGGUAGCCGAUACAUUUGGCAACAGCCGUUCUAUAUUUCGACAUUUAGUACCUUCUACGCUUCCACUCGAUCACGGUGCAACGGCGGACGAAAUGCAAAUUAUCGGGUUACUUACGAAAACCGUCUGCUGAUGUCCCCUGCCGAUAAAUAGGGCCUGAAUGCGGUUCUACAGAACUUAUUACCUGAGCGGUGGUUUCGCGGGUCGCGUGUUCCCAGUGUUAAGUGCAGUUUGAUGAACUCGUAGUUUAGUUGAAGAAAAUGACAUUUUUAGGCAAACAGUGAGAAGUGUAACCCGGAAAGUGCUGCACAAUAACAUAUUUUAGUGAAUUGACUCUGUGAGCAAAAAAGUGCAAAAAAUGGCCCUUGUAAUCCGUUCGAUUUAUAACUUCUUCACGUCCCUGUUCAACGAGCACAACGAUCCAAGAGUGGAACAAUUCCCUCUCCUCGGUGCACCAUGGCCAGUUAUAGUGAUAUUAUUCCUAUACCUAAAGUUUGUCAACAACUGGGGCCAGAAGAUGAUGGCGAACCGGGAACCUUUUUCGUUGAAAACGGUUAUGAACGUGUACAAUGCGGUGCAAGUUGUGCUAAAUUUGUACAUCGGAAUAACGGGCGUUGCCAACUCCUACUUCUCCGAUGACUACGAUUGGGUCUGUGAGCCGAUCAGCCAGAAAGUGACCCCAACGAGACAACGGCUCCUAUUUGCUACGUACUUGUAUUUCCUGUCGAAGAUAAUUGACCUGCUGGAUACAGUAUUCUUUGUGCUGAGGAAGAAGAAUAAUCAAAUCACGUUCUUGCAUACGUACCACCAUGCCGGGAUGGUGUUUGCCACUUACGUUUUCACAAAAUUCGUGUCGGGGAGCCACGCCACGCUGCUUGGGCUGAUCAACAGUUUCGUGCAUGUCAUCAUGUACUUCUACUACUUCCUGACCUCGUUCAGGCCGGAGCUCCGGAACUCCCUCUGGUGGAAAAAGCACAUCACGCAAAUUCAACUGAUCCAGUUUAUGAUUCUGAUGGCUCACUUCGGACUGCCGCUGAUAUUCGGUUAUUGCAAUUACCCAGCGGUAUUCCUGUUCAUUGGAUUCACUCAGAAUCUGUUCAUGUUCACGCUGUUCGCUGAUUUCUACGUGAAAGCCUACGUAAAAAACGCUAAGAAGCAACAAGACAAAGUGAAAGACUCCUAAUCCAAGAGCCGGGAUCAUCCGUCGGUCUAUAGACGUAUAUGUCGCAUAUGAUUUGCAUUUUCAGUGUCACCUAUCGAUGGAAUUUCAUUCACAUUUACAUAUAAGCGCACAUCAAUCAGCCUGCCAGUCAGCACCACCAGCCAAGUUGCCACCCAUUUACAUUAUGCCAAAUAGGACCUUUCGUACGUGCACUGUCAACCCUCAUCGCCUAGGUUUAAAUAGUUGUGAAUUAGGCAGCUAAUUUAUUGUAGUUUCUAGCGCAAAAUAGGUUCCGUUGUCAAGGCGGUAGUUUUAAGUUCAAACACAAUAUACAAUUGCAAAUGUGACCCUUGAUUUCAACGAAUGAGACUAAGCAAAUACAAGUAUGCCACUGGCGAUUGCACUGGUAACAAGAAAUAUAGAGCGGGCGUUGAACUGACACGUGCGCAGCGUUAAUUCAAAGUAUCAUGAAUGAAUUCGGCAAAUCGAAUUUCGGUAUCAUGGUUCUCACCGAAUUGAAAGCGAAAUUUUAAGCAUUUCUGAGUGUACAACUCUGCUUCCUUUAUGAUUUAUAAUUUGAAAAUAAUACCACAGUUUGUCUGAGGUAAUAUGGUAAACCGGUUGAGAAUACAGGUCUCAAAAACGAUAAUCACUAACACCGUGAAUUUUGAUCCACAACAAUAUUUAGGCUGGCGUUCAGCCAAAUCACACCAAGCGCCAACAAAAAAUUACUAAUUUUUCUGCCUAUGUUUUCGUUUAACAGAUUUAAUUGAUCGCAAAUCGUGUCGGAUAUCACUCAACCCCAUAACUGAGGAUAUCCUACAACAAAUGUACGCAUGAAUUGAUAUGAAACAAUUUCCGUUGUCCUUGUACGAACAAAAUAUCACAAGUCCGUCAUAAAACCGCUUGGUGCGGUUUGGCUCCUAUUCCAAUUUUCCCUAAAGAUCAGAAUCUCUCCGAUUAGGGAGAGUUGGUUAGUUAAUGUCACUCUAUCGACUAUAAUUUGUAAGUAAUGUUAAAACACAAAAAAUAGCAAUAUUUAUGCUUUCUUUUAAGUAUGAUGUCACAAAUACUAGACGAAAUUUAAACUACUUCAAUAAAAUAUCUUCGUAUAACACCUACACCUA